AUGGCUGACAUUUAUAAACUAAUACAUCCAGUCAAGUAUUUUAAUGACUAUUUAGCGAGAAAUAUACGUCCUGAUGGAAGAGGAUUUCACGAACAACGUAAUAUUAAGUUAAAUGUAAAUUCCAUAAAAGCAGCAGAUGCAUCUUCAGUGGUUAAAUGUGGAAACACGACAGUUGUAUGUGGGAUCAAACUGGAGCUAGCAACUCCAAAAGCCGAAGAGCCAGAUAUGGGAUUUCUAGUUACAAAUGUGGAGCUGCCUGCUUUAUGUUCAUCAAAAUUCAGACCAGGUCCACCAUCAGAUUUUGCUCAAGUCACCAGUACUUUAGUGUCAGACAUCAUAGUGAACUCAAAAUGUAUUGACUUGAAAGACUUGUGCAUAGCUCAUGACAAGUUAGCAUGGGUGUUGUAUUGUGACAUGGUCUGCAUUGACAACGAUGGUAGCUUGGUUGAUGCCUGUCUCAUGACUUUGAUGGCCAGUUUAAAAACUUUAACCCUUCCAACUGUAACAUAUGAUGCAGAAACAGAAGAAAUAUCAGUAGAUACAAAUGUUCGAACAAAACUUAAAGUACAUGGUCUACCUGUGGCAUCAAGCUUUGCUUUAUACAAACAUCUUCAGAGCACUAUUGUUUUGGCUGACCCCUCAUCAUAUGAAGAAGAGAUGUGUGGAGGUAUUGGUGCUAAUUUAAUAUUAUGCUACAACAAAGGAUUCCUCUGUGGCUCACACAAGUUUGGGUGCUGUAACCUCCCCAAAGAAUGUGAAGAAAUGGCUUUUAAAAUAGCUAAAGAAAAAACACAGCUUAUUGAAGAAGUUGUUGAUGUUUGCAUUAAAAACUAUGAAUUAGAGAAAAAUAAAUAA